CGACAUUGACUCCGGAGUCUUCUGCGCUGUAUUUUACAAGCAAGACUACUUGUAAUGAUUUACUACUCUAUAAAAGUGUACACCAACCCAAGUUCAUCAAAAACAAAAAUAAUCCAACUCUAGAAUACAGUUUAGAAAUAUAUGAUGAUGGUUCCCAAAAUAUUCUCUCUACUUCAGUUUUACACUCUCUUGUACCUCUUUUCAGUUACUUUUGCUUUCACUGAGGAAGCAAUUGCCCUGCUGAAAUGGAAAGCAACUUUCAAGAAUCAGAAUAAUUCCUUAUUGGCUUCAUGGAGACCAAGUUCUAAUGAAUGCAGGGAUUGGUAUGGAGUUAUAUGCUUUAAUGGUAGGGUAAACACGCUGAAUAUUACAAAUGCUAGUGUCUUUGGUACACUCUAUGGUUUUCCAUUUUCAACUCUCACUUUUCUUGAGUAUCUUGAUCUUAGCAGGAACAAUCUCUCUGGGACCAUCCCACCUGAGAUUGGUAAUCUCACUAAUCUCAUCUAUCUUGACUUACAUAUCAAUCAGUUUUCAAGCACAAUCCCACCACAAAUCGGCUCACUAGCCAAGCUUCAAACCCUCCGCCUAUUUGACAACCAUUUAAAUGGAUACAUUCCAGGAGAAAUAGGUUAUUUAAGGUCUCUUACUAAGCUAAGUUUGGGUACUAACUCUCUUAAUGGUUCUAUUCCUACUUCAUUGGGGAACUUGACCAGCUUGUCUUGUCUAUAUCUUUAUAGAAAUCAGCUUUCUGGCUCCAUUCCUAAAGAAAUAGGUUAUCUAAGGUCUCUUAUUGCGCUAGAUUUGCGGACAAACUCUCUUAAUGGUUCUAUUCCUACUUCACUGGGGAAUUUGAACAAUUUGUCUAUUUUGGUUCUUUAUGGAAAUCAACUCUCUGGCUUCAUUCCUGAAGAAAUAGGUUAUCUAAAGUCUCUGACAUACCUAGAUUUAGGAAGUAAUUUACUUAAUGGUUCUAUUCCUGCUUGGUUGGGGAAUUUCAACAACUUGUCUAUUUUGUAUCUUUAUGACAAUAACCUUUCCGGCUCCAUCCCUGAAGAAAUAGGUUACCUAAGUUUUCUUGUUGAUCUACGGUUGCAUAAUAACUCUCUUAAUGGUUCUAUUCCUACUUCAUUGGGGAACUUGACCAGCUUGUCUUGUCUAUAUCUUUAUAGAAAUCAGCUUUCUGGCUCCAUUCCUAAAGAAAUAGGUUAUCUAAGGUCUCUUAUUGCGCUAGAUUUGCGGACAAACUCUCUUAAUGGUUCUAUUCCUACUUCACUGGGGAAUUUGAACAAUUUGUCUAUUUUGGUUCUUUAUGGAAAUCAACUCUCUGGCUUCAUUCCUGAAGAAAUAGGUUAUCUAAAGUCUCUGACUUACCUAGAUUUAGGAAGUAAUUUACUUAAUGGUUCUAUUCCUGCUUGGUUGGGGAAUUUCAACAACUUGUCUAUUUUGUAUCUUUAUGACAAUAACCUUUCCGGCUCCAUCCCUGAAGAAAUAGGUUACCUAAGUUUUCUUGUUGAUCUACGGUUGCAUAAUAACUCUCUUAAUGGUUCUAUUCCUGAAGAAAUAGGUUACCUACGGUCUCUUACUAUCCUAAGUUUGAGUGCUAACUCUCUUAAUGGUUUUAUUCCUGCUUCAUUUGGCAAUUUGAGAAAUUUGCAAGCCUUGUAUCUCGAUGCUAACAAUCUCACUGAGGAAAUUCCUUCAUAUAUGUGCAAUUUGACAUCACUGGAAGAGUUGUAUGUGAUGAGAAACAACUUGAGGGGAUCAAUUCCUCAAUGUUUGGGUGAUAUCAGUGGCCUCAAGAAUUUGAUGAUGUCACAUAAUAAUCUCAGUGGAGAGAUUCCUUUGUCUAUUUGUAGUUUGACAUCUCUACAAAUUCUAGAUUUGGGAAGAAACAAUCUUAAUGGAGAAAUUCCGCAAUGUUUAGGCAACAUGAGUGAUCGUCUUGAGGUUUUGGAUAUGCAACACAACAGUCUUUCUGGGACUCUUCCAAAAACUUUUAGCAUUGGAAGUUCACUAAGAAGCAUCAACUUGCGUGGUAAUGAACUAGAGAGGGAAAUUCCCCUAUCUUUGGCCAAUUGCAAAGAGUUGCAAGUUCUUAAUUUAGGAGAUAAUCGCCUCGUCGACACAUUCCCGAUGUGGUUGGAAACUCUUCCAAAGCUGCAAGUUUUAAGCUUGAGAUCGAAUGAAUUUCAUGGAUCCAUUAGAACUUCAAGGAACAAAAACAUGUUUCCUGAACUUCGAAUCAUCGAUCUCUCUUACAAUGCUUUCUCGGGAAACUUACCGACGAGUAUGCUUCAACAAUUUAAAGCCAUGAGGACAAUUGAUCAAGCAAUGAAGUCACCAAGAUAUCUGGGAGACGAAUAUUACCAAGAUUCGAUAACAAUUGCAAGCAAAGGUCUAGAACUUGAACUUGUCAGAAUUUUGACUAUUUACACCGCUAUUGACCUUUCAAGUAACAGGUUUGGAGGCUAUAUUCCAAGUAUUAUGGGAGAUCUUAUUGCGCUUCGAGUGCUGAAUUUAUCUCAUAAUGAAUUGCAAGGUCAUAUACCACUAUCACUUGGAAGUUUAUCUGUAGUCGAAUCGUUUGACCUUUCAUUUAACCAGCUUUCGGGAGAGAUACCACAACAACUUGCUUCUCUUACAUCUCUUGCAUUCUUAAAUCUCUCCCACAAUCAUCUCCAAGGAUGCAUCCCUCAAGGACCUCAAUUCGCUACAUUUGAGAAUAAUUCAUAUGAAGGUAAUGCUGGAUUACGUGGAUUCCCAUUUUCGAAAGGUUGUGGCAAUGAUGAUGUCUCAGAGACAAAUCAUCCCAUAUCUGUGAUAGACGAUCAAGAAAGCAAUUCAGAAUUUUGGAAUGAUUUUUGGAAAGCUGCUCUUAUGGGCUAUGGAAGUGGACUAUGUAUUGGAUUGUCCAUAGUAUAUUUCAUGAUUUCAACUGGAAACCUUAAAUGGCUUGCAAGAAUCAUUGAAGAGCUGGAAAACAAAAUUAUUUUGCGACGGAGAAAGAAGCAGCAAAGUCACUACAAAAGAAGAAAUAAUUGCAUCUAGAAGAGUUAAACAUUCAGGUGCUUGGAGGAGCAUUUGGUGGAAUGCUCAUCAGAGAUGCAAUAAUAUCAGAUGCUGGAUUUGAUUAUUAGGUUCUCUUUAGUUUUAUAAGCAAGCUUUUUUUUUCUUCCUUCUAUAAAUUGGGAAAAUGUAAUGUUAUGAAUUAUGAUAGAUACUUUAACUUAACACAAGUGUAUCCCGCGGUUCCACCAAGAAACACCUAUAUUGUUUGUUGAUAGAGAUGGAGCCAUGAUUUAAAGUUAUGUGUUCUGAACUUGUUAAUGA